GCACGUGAUGGGUGCCGCGCGAAAGCUAAAGGUAAAUCAAGAUUGUUGAUGGUUGCAGUUGGAUCAGCUGUUGUGCGUGGCCUUUAAACUUUCUUUCAUAUUUUUGUGCCAUUUUAGUACUGGUGAUUGCAAGAUGUCUGCUGACAAAAGAAUAAUGAAAGGAAAUAAAGGGUUCUCAUGGGUUGGAAUGGGCAAACGUGACGGGAAAGCAACCCGGCGCUUCAAAAACACACAUUACGAAGGAUUUCGUCUUCCAGGAGUUGAUUUAAUCAAGGUAGGAGACCCUGUACUGAUAGAGGGAAACUCGGUUGAGAGGUUUGUUGCUCUCAUUGAAGAUCUCUUUGAUAAUGGGCAAGAUGCUGAGAACGACCCUUAUAGGGCCAAAGUUCAGUGGUACAUGCGCCCCUCGGAAUUGCCGAAGUCGAUUUCCCGGAAACUGCCAGUUGAUCCUGUCUCCGGGGAAAUCUACAAAUACAUCCAGUCUAAAGGAGCAUCCACCGAUGUGGAGAUUGAUGCAGAGACAAUUAUUGGGAAAUGCAUGGUUAAAGAAGUAGAUGUUGACUUCGACAUACCAGAUGAGAAGGAAAAGAAAGUGAAUCCCGUCUUCUAUACUCGAUAUGCCAUCAAUGUCAAUACUGUAAUCCCUCUCAUAGAUCCUGAGGAGGAAGAGGAGGAGGAGGAAGAAGAUGACGAAGAGGAAGAGGAGGAAGAAGAUGAAGAAGAGGAAGAGGAGGAAGAAGAAGAGGAUGAGGAGGAGGAAGAAGAAGAGGAAGUGAAGAAAAAUGUUAGGAAGAAAGGAACUAAAGAAAUUAAUUCUUUAGCAGUGAAUAAAAUUUUUUCACCAAGGAAAAAGAUAACGUACACCGCUGAUGAAGUGUGGGAGAUGUUUUCCUCGGAUGAUGACAACUCGCCGUGGAAACAGACAAAGAAGAGCACUUCCAAGAAACCUGUCGUAUCCACAAAGAAGGAAGCCAGGAAAGUGGGCAGACCCAGUCUCGCCAGGAACACCCCGGUCCUCAAGGGGAUCCAGCCUAAAGUUCUUGAAGCCUUGGAAAUGGAGGAGAAGAUGACGCGCGGAGGACGGGUGAUAAAACCAACCUCCAAGCUGAGGAUGUCCAUGGAAACGGAAGCACAGAGCAAGUCACCGUCAAAGUCCAGACUCCCCACCACUCCCAAACAGAAGCAGAAGGCGGCGAAGACACCAAAGACAGUCGGAGGUCGAGUUGGUCGACCGUCCAAGGCUGACUCGUUGAGGAAGACUCAAAGUUGUGUAAAGGAAAGCUCCAAGCAGAAAGGAAAAAAUGCAUCCACGCCCAGGAGGAGAAAAUUGACAUAUGAUGAAGAGGAGGAAGGGGAUGAGGAGGAAGAGGAGGAGAAAGAAAAUUACACUGCAAUAAAGAGGAGAAAAAUGUCAACUGCAUCACAAUCUUUAUCCCAGAUUAUUGGUAAGAAAAGAAUAUUAUCAAGGAGAGAUGCUACCCCUGGUAUCCAUAGUAGAUCCACCCCUGUUAAGACCCCAUCAAAGCCACUGGAACAUGCAAGAGUCAGGUUGCAUGUGUCGGCAGUACCGGACAGCCUCCCCUGUAGGGACCAAGAGUUUGCUGAUAUCUACUCAUUCGUCAAAUCAAAACUAUUGGAUGGUACAGGGGGCUGUAUGUAUAUAUCCGGUGUGCCUGGCACAGGAAAGACGGCUACCACCAUGGAAGUGCUUCAUUGGUUGAAACAAGACGCCGAAGCUAAAGACAUUCCCAAGUUCAAAUGCGUGGAGGUCAACGGAAUGAGAUUAACUAAUCCUCAUCAGGCUUACGUUCACAUCAUUAAGAGUUUAACAGGAAAGAAAGCGACCCCUGAGCAUGCGGCUAAUCUACUUGAUAAACUCUUCAGUUCCAACAAAGCUACCAAAAUGCCUACAGUACUUAUUGUAGAUGAGCUUGACUUGUUAUGGACUCGCAAGCAGGGUGUUCUUUACAGUAUCUUUGAUUGGCCGACGAGGCCUAAUGCUCAACUGAUUGUCGUUGCCAUAGCAAACACCAUGGAUCUCCCAGAACGCAUCAUGAUGAAUAGGGUCGUCAGCAGAAUGGGACUGACGAGAAUGACCUUCCAGCCUUACACCUACAAGCAGCUGCAGGAGAUAGUUGAAAGUCGUCUCAAGGGCAUUGAUGCUUUUCAGCCAGAUGCUGUUCAGCUUGCAGCUAGAAAGGUUGCUGCUAUAUCAGGUGAUGCUAGACGAGCCUUGGACAUCUGCCGUCGUGCUACUGAGAUCGCCGAGAGUCACGCCCAGAAGACCAAGAAGAAAGCGGCCGUCGGCAUGGCCCAGGUCGAUGCAGCCGUAACCGAGAUGUUCUGUUCCCCUAAGAUUGUUGCUAUGAGACAAGCUUCUGAACAAGAACAGAUCUUUUUGAGAGCCGUCAUCUCAGAGUUCAAGCAGUCGGGAUUAGAAGAAGCCACAUUUGCUGAGGUUUUACAACAACACAUAUCACUGUGCAGGAUAGAGGGUCAGUUGCCUCCUACAGUGUCGGAUGUCUGGGGUGUGUGUAAGAGACUAGCAUCCACAAGACUUCUACUCUUAGAAGCAAGCACCAACGAACUUGGCCAGAGAGUGCGUCUUAACGUUAGUCAAGAUGACGUUCGGUAUGCAUUGGAUUCCCGGAACCAAUAGUGAUUUACUCCGGUACUUUGACAGUAUGCAAAAGACUUCUACUCUUAGAAGCAAGCACCAACAAACUAGGCAAGAGAAUGUGUCUUAACAUCGGUCAGGCUGGUGUUCCCUUUGGCUUUAUACAUUCCUGGAUUCUGUAGUGAUUAAAAAAAAAACUUUCCAAAGUCAUCGUGGAACAGGAAUCAGAACUACUAAGAUUGAGUCUGAGUGAGAAACGUGACACACGCAAGAUGUUCUAGAUCUGAACCACAGUGGCAAACAAUAUCUAUUUGAUUCCUGUACCCAACGACUGUAUAAGGUCUGUGGAAAUUACCAAUUCUGUAGUUUUACCCAUUGUGGAUUACCAAAUAAAAUUUCCAAGAUAUUUUUUUUGUGAGGAACAUGAUACUGCCAGGAUAUUUCGAACCAGAGUCCAGAUGAUUGGAACCAUAGAUCCAAUAAUUAUCCAUGUCAUUGCUAUUUCAAUGUGAGGGCAACAUUUAUUGGCCACAGGUUCAGACCCUGAUUGGGUUUUUAAUGAAUUCCUAAUGCUUUCUAUAUUUAAGUGAUUUUUUAAAAUGUUAUCGAGGCUGCAUAUACAGUACUUUCAGCUGGGCUGAAAUGUGUUAUUAUUUCUGGAAUGUACUGGAACUGACAUGAUAUAAAUUCAGUAACAUUCUUUUUAUGGUGUCAUUAUGCAACUUGAAAGGGACGUGUAAAAGUUCUAGAAGACACUAUAAAAUGGUGCUCCAGUUCUUCUUAAAAUUUUUUUUUACCAUCUUUACAUUGCCUAUAGCCCUAUUGGAAUAAAGUUAGUACACCCCUCUCCUGAUACACAGGACAAUACAAUUCAUCAUGUCGGUGCAGGAACACCCUUAGCUCCAGACUUCCAUGCACCUCAUUAGUGCAGAAACGCUUUUGCGCAAUGCCCUUAUGCGCGCAACUAAGAGCAUUUCUUCUGUGAGCAUGCAAUGUACAGAAGUAUGGUGCUAAGGUCAUUCCUGCAACGACAUGACAAAUUCUAGGAGCAUACAUGAUGUGUUUCUAUAUCAGAUGAAAACAACAAAAUACAGCUUAAACACAUUUCUACUCGAUUGAAAUUGAUUACCUACAUUGGACCUUGGUCUUUAUGUUCCAAAAUCCUAUGCAUUUAUUGACAAAAAGGUUAAUAGGUAAUUUAAUGCUGCAUUGGAAAGGUUAAAUGAUUAUUUCUGCAGAUGCUAGGGAUUAGCGGGGUGGGGUUGGAUGUUGUGUUAAAGUGUGUUCUUUUUUUAUUAACCUGAAAUAAUUGUAGACAAAAAUAAUGAAUAGAACAUAAUAUUUUAAUGAUUGUAUUUGAUAAAGUUUUUAAUUAAAUAUGAAAUUGACAAUUAGGCACAGAUGUACAUGUAUGUUGAUAAUGGCCUGUGUGAUUUGCUGUUAAAAAAAAACAAAUUUUGUUGCAUUAUUUUGAACAAUAACACUAUCAAUAACUAUAUUAGAAUGUUAAACUUAUUAACACAUUAAUUGUAUUCCAGAAAUCAAAGGCAUAAGUUUCAUGUCAUAUUAAAAAGAAAACCUGAACUUGGAUUGAUGUAGCAAUUUAAUGUUGUUCAUAUGGAUGAAAGAAUACCCAAGAAGAAAAAAAAAAAUCAAAUUUGUGCAGACACUUUCAAGAUAUAUGUAACUGAAUAAUCAUUUACUCAAUCUCCCAUGGAAUUAAUAUAUCAUAUUUUAGUGUAUGGGAUGAAAGUAAGAUGGUGUUUCAGGUCACUUUAUGUUUUGCUUUUUUUGAAUCACUAAUAAUAUUUUUUUUAUUUUUGGGGUGUGAUUUAUUCUGGGCUUCAUUUGUAUAACGUAUCACAGACACAGGUGACAUGUGGGACCUUGCAGCUCAGAUUUUUCUUAUGGGGCAUUGCAAGAAACUUGCGAUCAAUUGCAAGUCUAUUUUCGUUCCCAAAAUCAAGCAUAUGCCGUGCAAUUGAUUGCAAAUUUGCGAUUUAUUGCUAAUCUGCUUAUGAAACAAGGAGUGUAAUCUGAUUUGCUAAAGUUUAAAGUGAUCAAUAAACUGUAAAAUUGCAACAGAAUAUUUGUGAUUGAUUGAUCUUGCAACACCCCCUUAGAGUGAAUUCAGUGUAUACCUAUGCCUUUGAACAAAAUUAUACACUCAACUUCUAUAAGCCUAAGAAAUGACCAGUUCAAAGGAUUAUUAAGACCAGGGCCGUGUCUUACAAAGAGUUGCAAUUGAUCUGAUUAACCUCAACUAUGGAUAGCCAGCAAUGUCAGCAUCUAAAAUCCUUGUUUGUUCAAAAUAUUUUCCAGAUAUGAUGUAUAUUCAUACAUUCAUUGUUUUCUUAAAAAUUCAGUUUGCUUCUCCUUGUAUAAACAAAGGACUAAUUCCUGGAGAAAAAAAUUAUGACAUUGUUGGAUUUCCAUAUAGUUGAGGUUGAUUGGAUCUAUCACAUCUCUUUGUUAGAUGGGGUACUUAUUUUGCAAAACAUUUUGCCUCAUAAAUCUGUUUUUGUGGUUGAAAUGAAUUUAACUCACAAAAAAACCUGUGGAUUCAGAAAAAAAAAAUAUUUCAUCUCCAAAUUCUAGUCGUUGUAAAUGAAGUAUUAUGCAACAUUUUUAUAUUUUCCAGAAGUGAGUUUUAAGAUUUUUAUCAAUAUAACUAAUAUUAAUAAUCAUCAUUUACCCCAACAAAUUUCAAUUGUAAAUUUUUUGAUGUUGAAGAAUAAAAGCUUUGGGGAAAGAUGUGAAAAAUGGUUUAGAUUAAUUCUGGUAUAACAGUUCACAUGAAUGUGCCUUUGAAUAUCAAUGUUUUUAUUUUAUUUUGACGUUUUAAACAAUUUUUCACUUAAACCUAAGAUUUUAACACAGAAAUAAUGUGCCUUAGGAAUGUUGAUGUACUGUAAAUAAACUUUACCUUUUGGAAACAGAAGAAAGAUA